AUGGUGCUCGACUUGGACCUCUUCCGCGCUGACAAAGGCGGCGACCCGGAGCUCGUGCGAGAGAUGCAGCUGAAGCGCUUCAAGGACCCGGCUCUCGUGGACGCGCUGGUGGCCGCCGACGGGGCCUGGAGGAGAUGCAGAUUCCGGGCAGACAACCUGAAUAAACUGAAGAACUUGUGCAGCAAAACCAUAGGAGAAAAAAUGAAGAAGAAAGAACCUGUGGGUAACAGUGACGAUAUACCAGAUCAUGCACAAAAUCUUGACGAACUCACAGUAGACAUCUUAACAAGUCUUCAGGUUAGCCAAAUCAAGAAAAUCCGUAUUCUGAUUGAUGAAGCAAUCCUGAAAUGUGAUGAAGAACGUUUGAAACUGGAAGCAGAGCGCUUUGAAAACCUCCGAGAAAUUGGAAAUCUUCUUCAUCCCUCUGUGCCAAUCAGCAAUGAUGAGGAUGUAGAUAAUAAAGAAGAGAGAGUAUGGGGAGACUGCACUGAGAGGAAGAAGUAUUCUCACGUGGAUCUGGUUGUCAUGGUGGAUGGCUAUGAGGGAGAAAAAGGAGCUGUUGUAGCUGGAAGCAGAGGAUACUUUCUUAAGGGACCUUUGGUUUUUCUAGAGCAAGCCCUCAUUCAAUAUGCCCUGCAGACACUGUUUAGCCAGGGAUACACCCCAGUUUAUACACCCUUCUUCAUGAGAAAAGAAGUGAUGCAGGAAGUGGCCCAGCUAAGUCAGUUUGAUGAAGAGCUGUACAAGGUCCUGGGGAAAGGCAGUGAGAAGAGUGAUGAUAAUACCAUUGAUGAAAAAUAUCUAAUUGCUACAUCUGAGCAGCCAAUUGCAGCAUUGCACAGGGAUGAAUGGCUAAAACCGGAAGAUUUACCCAUCAAAUAUGCUGGGCUGUCUACUUGCUUCCGCCAGGAAGUAGGCUCUCAUGGUCGUGAUACCAGAGGCAUUUUCCGAGUACAUCAGUUUGAAAAGAUUGAACAGUUUGUCUAUGCAUCACCGCAUGAUAAUAAAUCUUGGGAAAUGUUUGAUGAGAUGAUUGCCAUUGCUGAAGAGUUCUACCAGUCACUGGGCAUCCCUUAUCACAUUGUGAAUAUAGUCUCAGGUUCCUUAAAUCAUGCUGCCAGUAAGAAACUGGAUCUGGAAGCAUGGUUCCCAGGUUCUGGUGCUUUUCGUGAGCUUGUUUCUUGUUCAAACUGUACUGAUUACCAAGCACGUCGGUUACGGAUACGCUAUGGCCAAACCAAAAAGAUGAUGGAUAAAGUGGAAUUUGUACAUAUGCUUAAUGCCACCAUGUGUGCUACAACACGGACUAUAUGUGCUAUUCUGGAGAAUUACCAGACAGAGGAAGGAAUCCUCAUACCAGAUAAAUUAAAGGAUUUCAUGCCACCAGGUCUAAAGGAAAUGAUAAAAUUUGUGAAACCUGCACCUAUAGAUCAAGAACUUUCUAAGAAGCAAAAGAAACAGCACGAAGGAGGCAAAAAGAAAUCAGCUGGUGGAGACUGUGCUCUAGAAGGGAAGAUGCAAAGCAUGGAUGUGAACAGCCCCUGACAAAAACUCAGCUAGUCUUACUGAGUGGCACUGUGGAGUUCUUAAAGCCGAGGGGGGCGGGAGGGAGAGAGAGUGUGGGUGUGGAGGUCCCUGGGAUUAGUUGCUGCUUUUUGUCUCCUCUUUCCUAUGUCAGGAACAUGUUACUUUCUCUCUCUCAGUUUUUACCCUCCAGAACAGGGAGACGAAGCUUCUCAUAGUGAUUAUAUGUGCGUUUCCUUACACUGUGAAAGUGAAAAGCAGUACAAAAGCUGUUGAUUUCCCAGCCCCCAACCCAUUUUAAAUUAUGUUAAUUAUAUGUGAGAAAAAAAAUCUGGCCAAGCCCAGAAUUGCAAAUUCAAGCGGAGGAAACAAAACGCUGUAUAAUGUUCAUUUGCUUAAAAAAAUCUGCAUAUUGAAAUAAGAGGUAAAGGCAAAUAUCAAAAGGGGAAAUAAAUAUAGGCAUUUGUGUAAUUUUAUCAUCAUGAUUUUUGAAAUGUCAUAAGAUUUUCCCUGACUUAGAGGGACUUGGUCAAUAAAGCAAAGAUUUAAGAAUUGGGUUUUUUUUUUAGUUAAUUCUUCCAUAUUUCUUGGAGCCCUUUUUAAUUCCCAAAGUUGCAGAAAUUUACGUGGCCUUACAGCAGCUUACAAGAUAAAGGAUUUUUAGUAUUUUCCUAGUGGCAGUGUAUUAUGCAUUGUAUUUCUGUUUAUUUAAUAAAUUUAUAGGCCAUUCAUCUUAUAUACCUAGCUCUUGGUGGCUAACAAAACAGAAUUUAAAAAAACCAAAAGCCAAACUUAAAACAACAAAAAUAGCUAUAACAUCUCUCAAGUAUUUGAUUGUAUCUUAACAUCCAUCUUUAAUUGAUUUAUCAUUUUUCAUAAGCAUUAAGGUCAUCUAACAUUCAAAUAAACUAAUUCAUAAGUGCAAAUUGCCAAGCUUCAGGAGUUCUUAGUUAUAUAGUGUGAUUUGAUAGAAAGUUUGUUCUCCUUCCUGUCAUUAUUUAUAUUUAUACUUCAUAAAAAAGAAUUAUGCACAACAGUAGAUUUUGUUAGUUCAGUUAUGCUAAGUAUAGAACAAAUUAAUUUCUAAAUGGAUUAUAUUGCAAUACUGUAAAUUUACCUCAGACAGAAAGUCUGACCCAUGGUUUGGUUUUGUUUUGUUUUUUGACAAAGCACUUCAACAGCCUUCUUUUUUAAAAUCCCAACUUGUGGCUUCAUUCAUGCUAUUACUGAGAUUGACUUAUAUUUGUUAGUCUGAGGGAGAGCUUACUCUUGAAAUCUUAAGAGCGGUACAAGAGGAAAAAUGUCCAGCUCUUGAUCUUAAUUUUUUAGGGAGCGCUAUCUCUGAAAUUAAAGGAAUGUCAACUUCAUAGAAAACUCAUUGUUUAUAAAAUCACAUCACAGGGUAAAAAAAAUGGGCAUGCGUGAUUUUAUAAACAAUGAAUUUUUUAUAAAGUUCCCAUUCCUUUAAUUUCAGAGAUAGCGCUCCCUAAAAAAUUAAGGUGUAAAAUUCAUUUAAAUAUAAUUCGGCUUUUGAGAAAGUUUAUUUUUCAAUAACAUUUAGCGGAAGGUAAUGGUAGAAAUGAUAUUGUAAGUUUAAUUGGUGACUAAAUGCAGAAUUUCCCAUUAAUUUCUCCUGAAAGGGGAAAUUUGUAAAUAUAUAAAACAAUUUAGUAUCAAAAACAUUAAUCACUUUAAAUGUAUUUAAAUCCAUAUGACAUUG